GCCCUGCUCUCAUCCAACGCAUUUUGAUCCCUGUAACCUUCCAGCAAUCGCUCCUCUUCGUUCAAGACUUCGUCGGCCCAGGAAGGAAUGUGUUGCGCAGGAAGCAGUUGUCCGUCAGCCAAGUGCAGAUUAGGCAAGCGGCCUCCAACUGCGCCUUGCGGAGACACAUCCCAACGAACAGAAACUUUCUUGAGGCCACGAAGAGCAAGAUAAGCCUGCCAUUUCAGACAUUCUACGUCCGAACUUAAACAUAGCGCUCGCGGCGGAUGAAUCCAAAGCGUAGGCGAAUCUGGAGUUUUCCCUGAGCGAGUUUCUACAGCGGGGUAUGUGACGAUUGGAAAGAAAGAAAAGAGGUGUGCAAGUGGCUUGGGGAUUUCCAUAGCGAAACAUUUCGGCAACUUCGGUCGUUGGCGCUGACUGCUGGCGCAUACCGUUCGGACUGGAUCGACUCCAUGUCUGAACACUCUUCUUCGGAUCCAUCGCGGGCUCCUUCGCCUGUAUCGCCUCUUCCUCCCACUGCGCGCCCGUAUAGAUUCAAUUGGGACUCGACACCGAAGGGGCCUGAAAGUGUUUCUGGAACUACCGAAGGCCGAGACUACUUCGCAGGACCGUCGCGUCUCAACCUGCUCAAUAGUUCUACUACUAGUCUUGCCAUCGGAGCAUUGCCGGGACAGUGGAGUAGUUCUACUCAUGGGUUCAACGCUAUAUCUACGGUCCUUAACAAUCCCCACAAACGUCAGGCGCCUCCCAAGGCACAUUCGUCACUUCCAGCCGUUCCUCCAACGGACCUACCUCGCGUUCGCAGAAAAGACUUCGACUCGUACCUGCGCGCUAUCACUCCGGAAUGGGAGAAUCUCGAACGGAACAACCAGUUAGACCUGGAAGCGGAGAUGCAGUUGGAAGGUUCAAGCACGCCUCGGGCCUCUUCCUCUCAAACGCCGUUUGUGCAGACACCGGGACGCCCAUUACCGUCGUUGGACAUCGUGCCGUCCGUUUUCUUCCAACCCAAGUUCAACCUCGGAGAUCCUCGCACGUUCAACGCUGUUACAGAACAAGACUCGCUCCAGGCGGACCCUGUCUUCGAUCCCAUCGCGCUCUCGUACUCCCUCCCUCUUCUGGAGAAGUUCUCCCACUACGCAGAUACCGUCGAGCAACACCUCGUUCGCGAAAUAUCUCUGCGCUCUGCCUCGUUCUUUGCGGCACUCACGAAUCUGAAUGAACUGCAAAGCGAAUCUGAAGAGUGCUUGGAUCGAAUAUCCAAGCUACGCACACUCUUGAAGGAUGUCGAUGAGAAGACGGCCAAGAAAGGAUUAGAAGUGGUGCGGACAGAAAGCAGGGUGCGAAAUUUGGGCAAGGUGCGCGAGAGCGUCAAGUUUGUUGGUGGUGUGGUGGAGAAGACAGGUGUUGCCCGGAGUUUGGUGGCUUCGGGUCAAUGGGACAGUGCACUAGAUGUCUUGAGGGAGAUGGAGGAAAUGUGGGACGGUUCCUCGACUUCAGAGGCGCGCGGGCUGGUCGCACCUGCGCUAAGCAGGUCUUCCUCCUCUCGGAAAUCGCCUGGUUUUCGCAGCACGGGAAGUCUCGUCUCGACGCCAGAAGAACGGCCAUUACCGCCGCCGCCGUCGCCACCACCUAUACCUCUAUCGUCGCUCAGCGCAUUCGCUGCUUUGCCCGAACACUUGCGUAUCCUGACCAUGGAGAUCACGACCUCGCUCACGAAUGAUGUGAUGGCGGUUCUGAGAGUGGAUCUGUUGGAACGAAUCGGUGGAGACGUCCCAUCCACGGAAUCGCCAGAACGAAAUGAAGUUCUCAAAGGUCGAUUGCGACCUCUUUUGCAGGCCCUGAACCGAACGAAGGGUUUACGGGAAGCUAUGCUCUCCUGGAGAGAAGUCGUCAUGGAUGAGACACGCAAUGUGAUAAAGCAGAGGCUUCCUGCGUUCGAUCCUGGGGAGGAAGAAGGUUCAGGGGAAGCUUCCAAGACCGGCCUCGCGAAUCAUCUACGAACAAUGGGACACUCUGAUUUUCUCGCUCUGCUGCAGGGGAUCUACAAGAGUUUCCUGAAUGGAAUCGAGGGGCUGAGCAGCCAGAUUGCUGCGCUACUAGAGGUAGUCGGGUCCGGCGCAGAUGCGGCAUCGGACAGGAGCAGUCUACAGGACGACUUGUCAGAUAUGCUAGGCUCUGCUGCAGAACUGGCAAAUACACAGGCAGCUAAGCUGGUUGUCAUGCGAGCUGAGCAGCACUCGGCCCUGCCCCUAUCGGACUUCAUUGCCUUCUUCGACGACUCCUGGUCCUUUGUCAUCAAGUGCGAGGUCAUCUGUCGCAAGAUGUUUGUCGGGCUUCGCGGUGUCAUCAUCAGCCAGUCCAAGACAUUCCUGCAGGCAUUCCAUCAAGCUCGGUUGAUGCAGUCAGGGAGCCUGGUCGAGAACGAGCAGUGGGAGCAGAUUGAUGUCACACCCGCCAUGCAAAGCGUCGUCAACAUACUGAUCGAUUCCGCCGUACAAGAUGUGCCUUCGCUGUUACUUGCUAAAGGCUCCGACGGGACACUACCGUCCGUGGGCCUCGUUGCACCCUCCGCUGAUGGUGCGAACGGUCGCACACCAACAUCCCCUUCUGCACCGGUGAUGAAGCGGUCCAACGGGUCAUCGUCUGCCAAAAAUGCCAAGACGCGACUGCGGAUCGAAGAGCGCACGUUCUCGCUGGUCUCGGCCACAGCUGAGACGCUGACGUUGCUGCUGGACUACUUGCGCAUCAUAAUGAAUCUCUCGAUGCUGACAACCGACACGAUGAGUCGAGUCAUCGAGUUUUUGAAGGCUUUCAACUCUCGUACGUGUCAAGUCGUGCUGGGUGCCGGUGCGAUGCGGUCCGCGGGUCUUAAGAACAUCACCGCCAAACAUCUGGCGUUGGCUUCCCAGUCGUUAUCCAUUGCGAUUGGCCUCAUUCCGUACGUUCGGGAGACAUUUCGGCGACACCUCAGCCAGAAGCAGGCUGUGAUGCUAAUCGAGUUCGAUAAACUCAAGCGAGAUUACCAAGAACAUCAAUACGAGAUUCAUGCGAAGCUCAUUGCUAUUAUGGGAGACCGCCUUUCGACCCAUAUCCGGGCCUUCCAGGUUAAAACUUCGGCCGUGGACUGGACAAUGCCAGGAGAAGGCGUCAACAGUUACAUGUCUGUUCUGGUCAAAGAAACUACUACAUUGCAUAAAGUAUUGUCACGACAUCUCUCCGCCGCCGUGAUCGAGGAAGUGAUGUCCCAGGUGUUCGCCGCCAUCAACCACCGACUGUCGGAAGAAUAUGGACAGCUCGUGCUGCCGAGUGAAGAGGCUAGGCAGAGACUGCUCGCCGAUGUACGAUAUCUACACCAAGAGCUCUCGAAGCUCAAAAACGUUGGAGCUCCAAGUGGAAUGCUGGAGCUUGUGAUCGCAGAACUGCGCAUCCCGCAAGCGACCUCACCGGCUGCUAAUGCGACCAAGUUUGCUGCCAAUGGCAACUCCAAUGCCAAUGCCCCAGCUUCAAAUUCUCGGCUUCUUGCGAACCGACUUCGAUGGAAUUCUCUCACUCCCAAUGCGGCAAAUCCGACUUCAAAUCCGCCACAGGCUCAGAACGGACCAGCUCCCAAUCCAAAUGAAUCAUCUCUGCCAGUCACGCCUGUGAAGAUCACCGCACCGUCAAGGAAGGCCUCUUCUUCUGGGUUCAGGCAGAUGGAUCCGACGAGUCCCGUGCCGGAGGGUGUCGGGCAGGACCCUUUGCGCGUCACCACGCCAAUACAGCCUGUUCCGUCGCCUGUUGAGCCGGUGGCAACACGAAGCGAGUCUCCGGUGCCCAUCGAUCAGGAGGCCCGUCCCCCAGAUGCUGGGUGAAAUGGAGGGCAUUUUACUUGAGGACUACGUGUAGAAUCAGCUAAUAUGGAAUGCGAUGGUGCGGAUUGCGCAAAUUAUGCUUUGGGGGGUUAUCCAUGGGUUCCAUUCUUCACGAAGAGCGUCCCAGAAUAAGUGACAAGGCGAUGAUGGACAGCCUGUUGACGAUCUUCUUCCACAUAACAAUGGGAGAUCCAGCGUGCACGAUCUCGAGAGCCGGGGAUACCAAACGAGUGCCCGAGCGAAAGGGCUGGUCACCCGACAGCAUCCGGUGAGUGGGAGGGAUGUCGGGUGAUCUGAUCACCCGAGCCUUCCGCCGCACUGAGGUCGGGUCCGGCGGGUCUUGGGCCCUUGGGACUCGACCACCAUUCACGAGAGCGUAAGUAUGCUCAAUUUCCCGUGAUGGCAAAACCUGGACCCCCUUCCGACACAUGCGGCGAGUCCAGAUCCGGGAAACCGGUGCUUUGGCGCCAGUAACGUUGAGCUCUUGCGAUCAUCGAACUUUUCCGUCAAUCACCCAUUGUCCUUGCCUCGCCACAAUUGGACCCACGACGACUCCUCUUUCGGCUCUGAACAAUGGGCGCGCUUAGCUCCCGCCGUUUCCAAUUGCUCUUUGCCGGGCUGUGAUAUGGACUACCCUGCACAUCAAUCUUCGUCUGCCACUCCUGCAGCUGCCUGUGCCAGUUUCCAUCUAGUUCUCCGUCUCGGGACGUCAAACACGUUGGUGGUGAGCUGGUGGUCUCCGCUGCAGCUGAUGUGAAGACCAAGCCCUCACUAAAACCAUGAUUUUACCUCUCUCGGUCCGCCGUCCCGGUCCCAGCUCUCGGCUGCGCUCUUGCCUUUCGCGCUCAGAAAUAGGCUCUGGGUGUGCCUGUCUGCGAAGGUACUCAAUCCACUCUGGGAAUGAUCUAGAGCAUGCAUCAUCACGUCGAUUGCACCAUUCCCUCCGGCUUUUGAACGGUUCUGCCAACGUGGACCAAGGGGGCCCGAGCUUCUGGAACAAUUCAUCCAAGCUCAAUCCGCGUCCAGGCCGCUGCUCGCGUGUAGGCAAUACUUUCCGGUGCCGCAGUCGAGGCCACAAUCAGUUUUACACCACACACAUUGCUAUACUCCACGCUAGUGCUUGCUUGACGAACUGCUCGGACCCGAUAGCGGACGCACUAGCGGAAAUAGGAAAGUCUCUCUCUACUUACAGGACGAUCAAAGUGCAAGCAGUCCGCGCGAACUCGCGUGUUUGGAGUGAGCGGGGAGCAUCUCCUCCUCGGUCUCACCCCCACCCUUGCUCCGAUUUUGUCUCGGAUCCACCGUUCUUCGGCCUAUCGAUAACAAAGGCUCCAGAAGGCUACUCCUGUUCUCCGAAUCUGCGCCUAUAUGACCUUCAUGUACUGGGUUCUAUCGAGACAUUAAUGGAUUCUCCCAGACUAGCCCUAGUGCGGUGGGCAGUCAAGUCAAUGAGAUAUUCAUGGCCCUGCUCGGUUUCGAUCACUGGCACGCCACGACUGUGCAUGCUGGGUCCACUCGCCUUAAUAUAAUAUAUGAUGUUAGCCCCGCCGUGAUAUGACUCGAAUGCAUCGUUGGGCCGUGUUCUCUUCCAUUUCACUGGCUGCGAUCUGUCCAUUUGAGCUGUCAAGCCUGCGCCGCUGCAAAAGCGGGUGGACUCCGCCGCCCACAAAUCAGUGAUUUUUAUUUAUUCAGAGAACAAUUGCAAAACCUAGAGGUACCGAUCUGCUCUGCGGUUCUGCCGAUGAUAGAGAGGGCGCUGAUUUUUUUUGCGUAUGGUUUCAAACCCCGACAGUCUCUAGCCUCCACUUCGGCUCUCCGCGGUGCGCAAAGAAACUUUCUCGUUCGUACAUUUGCUAUUCCGAAUACUCUUGUGUUGGCCGCCGGCAGAGGCAUUUAGUGCGCUUCUUGCACGGGGAAGAUGUGAUCCCACAGCUGUUGGAAGGACACGUAGCCUGUGCCAUCCGUCCAAUUGAUACUGUGAGCACUGAUAACGCGUGCUGAGCCGACGGGGACCUGCCUUUUGAGGCCUGUGAGCCUCGUUGCCCAUCAAGACAGAUCGUUUGCGCUGUCACAUGGGGCUGACCUCCGGUGACUUGCACAUCGUCGAAACAACGUCGGGGAUGUGAUAGAAAAUUCCGCCCGCCAUGUUUGGACCGAGAUCCCUCCGCAAGGGCUGUGUCACCGCCCAGAAUCGUUGUUUGGGGCAAUAACAACAUCUGGACGGGCCUAGCCACAUUGCCGGCAUCGGGCUGGGAUCAAAUACUCACUCGGGGCGAGAAAAAAUUGCGCUGGACUUGCGGCCGAUCUCCGCGGUUUUUCUGUGCGGGGAGUGUUAUUUUGAGAGUUGAUUUUCUUCCUCGGUAUCAGAUGGACAGCUCUCACAAUCAUUCUUCGCCUUCGAAGCGGAAGCAGAGGUGGGAUGAUCAGGCUUUAUGCCAACCGGCUCUCCAGAAACUGGGACGGUGCCGGUGAAGACUUGAUCGGACGCGCUGACUACUCGUGACGCGCGAAAUCUUGAAUUAACUUGGCAUAGCAGUGAGUACCCGUCCCGUGAUCGCGUGAUGCAGCAACGUUUUCCGAUUUCAUUUAAUAAUAAUACUAUGGUCCUGCAUAGAAACAGGGGAUUUGGCUGCUACGAAUUUCAUUUAUCAAGCACACGGUGGCCCUCGAAAGGGACGCGCA